AUGCUACGAGUUGUGAUGAUGACCUCUGGUGUGGAAGUGCUAGCCUUGUCUGCGUUGGAGAUGGAGGAGCUCGCAACUUCUGGCGGCAGCACGGUGCAGAAUCUGAAGGGGCGUCUUGAGCUGCUGAUGGGGCAGCCCCGAUUUCGGCAGCGGCUGCUGCGUGGAGCGCAACUCUUGAGCGACGAGACACCGCUGGACUUCCCAGGCAUGUUACACCUGGUCCUGCUGUCUCUUUGUAGCCCCGAUCCAGCAGUCGGAAAGGCGCUUGCGACCGCCAUUUCUCAUGACGACGUGCCAUCGCUGGAAGCCCUGUUGUAUCAACCUCAGGAUCGUGGGAGGACGCCCUUGCACUGGGCUUGCGCGCGCGGCCAGACAGAGGUCGCACGUUGGCUGCUGCGGCACCGGGCUGACAUAGGCACAGCGCAAGGGAACGGCGCGCUGCCCCUCCACCUCGCCUGUGCUCAAGGGCAUGUGCCCGUUGCACGAGUAUGCAUCGAGGCUCGGGCCGAUGCCAAUGCAUGCCCCAAUGGCCCAAAUGGCGUGGCACCCAUACACAUAGCGUGCGGCCUCGGCAAUGAGGAGAUGACGCGUUUGCUCUGCGAGGCUGCCGCGGAUGUCAACAGCGUUGCUGGCACUGAUGACUUCACACCUCUGCUCACUGCAUGUGCGCGAGGCUUUUUCGAUGUCGUUCGUGUCUUGGUGCAGUAUGGGGCGUGCAUACGCAUGCCGGCCAAGAAAAUGACGCCGGUGCUAGCAGCCUGCAUGAAUGAGCAGCUUCAGAUAGUGCAAUUCCUGCUUGAGAGCGGUGCUGAUGGAACCGACGCCCUACGUUUUGCUUGCUCCACCGGAAAUACGGAGGCCGUGCGCUUAUUCAUUGGGCUGGGCGUUGACAUCAACAGCUGCGAUGACGACCAUGGGCCCCCGCUGCACACUGCCAGCACGUUCGGAGCAGCCAAAGGGAUGUCCAACGUCCUACAGACACCGCUGAGGUGUGAACUCAAAGAUCUGGAGAGCCAGCGCCGGCCACUCCCAGCCAGAAAGCGGUUCAAGAGCCAUGGGGUCAUGUUCCACGAGCUUGGGGACAUCGUAGUUCCAGCAUCAGCCUUGGGGGAUACAGCGGCGCUGCUGGUCAGCAUGCGAACGCUGCAGUGGAAGUUAGAGCAGUUAGAGUGCUGGGCAACUAAGUCCACUGACAAUCGCUGCACGACGGCGCUGCAUAUUGCCUGUCUGAAGCUGGGCCGAAUAGGACUUUUUGUUUCGGGCCUUCGAGAGUGCAUGAAUGAAAGCACAGGAAGGGACUUCCUGACGUUGUGCAAGUGCUGGUCAACGGCGGCGCGCGUAGAGUACCAGCCUGCCACAACCUCCAAGUUCUUCCCAUCGCCUUUGCACGUGGCCUGCUAUCACGGACAACUGGAGAUCGCGCAGCAACUGGUUCAGGCUCGGGCAAACUUGGACGCGAGAACAGACGAUGGCUUUACACCUUUGGACACGGCUCGUGCCUCCAACCAUCCUGGUCUGGCCGCUUGGACGUCAAUGCAGCUGAGGCCAUGCUCCUUUGCGAAGGCACUUCCGGCGAACGUGGUCCCAAGCGAAGACGGCGAACGAAGGGGCCGCCUUAGCACUUUCUGGUCUUAUUGGAUGCAGGCGGUCGGUGUAAUUACCUGGGAUUCCAGGCGGACACAGCUGCACGCCUUCUUAGCAGCAGAUCCCAGACAGGAGGGUGGCCGUACGGCCCAGCUGGAGAAGGCGCUGCGGGAGAACUUGGAGGACAUCUCCGUCAAGUCCAUCCUGGAUUUCCGCGUUGCCGGCGAGGGCGUUCCCGCGGCGGAGGCGACCGCCACCGCUGCGGUGUGCGCCAUCGCUAACAUCGACGAGACGGCGCCUGUGCUGUCCAUCCACAGCCUGGAUCCAGAAAGGCCGUGGGCCGAAUCCUUGGAGGUUCUCAGCAAGCCAGGGCACUUCAUCAACACACUCCGGCGCUUCCCGCAGGUCUGGGUUUCAGCGGGUCGAGCCGGGGAUGUGGCAUGGAGAGCCUGA